AUGGCUGAUCCAAUUCAAAAACUUAAAAAUGAUAUAGCUUUAAAUAAUGUAGUGAUAUUUAUUGGGAGUGGUGUAUCUAUUUAUACAGCAAACGAUGAACAAAAAGUAUCUGAUUGGAAAGGAUUAUUAAAACAUGGAUUACAACAAUGUUACCAUUCAGGAUGGAUGAGUGAUGAAGAAUUUGAGGAUUUCCAUACUAAGUUCAACAGUAGUACAGCAGAAGUUGACGACUAUUUACUUGCUGCCGAUCAAAUUAAGGCUUAUUUCCAAAUGGAAAAUGAUAAAAUAAAUAAUGAUCUUUACAAAACAUGGCUAAGAGAAACAGUAGGAAAUUUAUCAGCUAAAAGACUGGACCUUGUUAAAUCUAUAGGAGAAUUAGGAUGCUUGAUUUUAACAACUAACUAUGACUCAUUGCUUGAAGAUGUACUUGGCAAAAAGUCAUUACGUUGGAAUGAAUAUUAUUCUAAUGGUAUUGAUGAUUCCUUAGAGAAUCUCAAAGAUUAUAUUCUACAUGUAUAUGGACAUUUUGAAGAUAUAGAUAGUAUAAUUUUCAGUAGCCAUGAUUAUUAUCGACUUUUUGAAAAUGGAUCUAGACAAUCAAAAUUAAGAGAAAUUAUGGAAACAAAAACUUUGUUAUUCAUUGGAUAUGAUGUCGGAAUAUUUGAUCUAAAUUUUUACAGUUUAUUAAAAUGGAUAUCUUUUGUAACAGAUGACAAACCAUCAUCUAUGUAUAAACUUGUUAAAUCCAAUAAAUAUAAUAUGUUUCAUCAAAUAUCAGAUACUUCCUUUUUGGAGAAUAUUAAGGAAGUUCCAUAUGGCAAUAAUGCGGAAGAUUUAUUAGAAUUUCUAAAAAAUCUCAAAUCGUUUACACCAUUAAUACGUGAAAAUUUAUUAUUAACAGAGAAAAAAGAAUUUGUUCGUAAAAAAUAUUUGAAUUAUCUUAUCAACGAAUAUGCACAUGUAUCAAUUAUUGGAUAUUCUAAUACUAACAUGAGUUUACCUUUGGAAAGUGUCUAUGUAGAAUUAAAAUUUGAUCCAACACAUCCAUCAAUUAGAGCAAUGAAAAUGCUCGAAAUCACUGAAGAGUUUAAACGUAAACUUUUCUCUCCUGGCUUUUUUAAUGAGCAUGAAAGGCAACAAUUGAACAGAGCUAUCAUAGAAAAAAAUGCUUUCAAUUCUGAAAUGUACUGUAGAGACUUCAUGAUUGAUCAAUGGUUAAAUGUCUUGUUAAGCAACAAAAAUAUAUUUACUGAUAAUGAGGCGAAUGCUAUCAAAACAAAAGUAAAUCGAUUAAAACAAAAUAUUCUGGAACAAAAUAAUUUUAAAGAAGCAAGGCAAUAUCAAAUUCAACAAGCAUACAAUGAUUUGAAACAUUUCAUAGUCUUAGGUCAUCCUGGUUCAGGUAAAACUACAUUGUCGAAAUGGUUGGUCAUCAAUAUGGCUAAGCAAUGUUUAGGUAAAAAGAAUAUGUUAUUUGAUCAUAUUUAUUCUAGGAAAGAGAAAAUACCAAUUCUUAUUCCAAUAUGGAAAUAUGUUGAUCAAAUAAAAGAAAAUCAUAAUGAAAACAAAUCUACUUUGCUUCAGUUUAUUUAUGAAAAUCCUACUUUUGACUCAACAUUUUUCAAUAAUGAAGAACGAAUAGAAUUAUCAUUUUUAAUGAAAGAAUCAUUAGUAGAAGGAAACGUUUUAGUUAUAUUCGAAGGCUUAGAUGAAGUUCCUAUUCAUGUAGAUCGAUCUGAUUUAAUAAAGGAAAUAAACACAUUAUUAGAACGAGGAAUAGAUUAUGAUGUAAUACAUAAUAAACUUAUUUAUUCAAUUUAUGAACAAAAAGAAAUACAUAAUACUAGAGAUCCUACAAUUGGAAAUCGAUUUAUCAUAACAAGUCGUAUUGAAGGAAAUUAUUUUGAAGAUAUCAAUUUUUUUUAUUCCAAGAUUAACUAUUGA